CUGAGGCUGGCAAUUUGAUACUGAGGAGGGAACCCCACUAGGAGGCAGACAUUCCUCCACUGGCCUACCAAGCCCAGUUACACACCACACUCUGGCCAGGUAAAAGAGCCAAGUCUUCAGGAGGUUGCUGGCCCCAGGUCUUUCCCCAGCGACUGAUGAUGUUAAACUGUACGCUCAUGUGAUUGGUUUACACAAAAAAGGACAAGGGCAACUAUUGGGAGUGAGCUGACAGCGUGCUCUAAGGCUACCCUCUGGGGAGGAAGUUUGGGGAUCCGGGUCUGCUGGGUUGGUAGCUCCGAGCCCGCUGUCUGGUGUGAAGAUAUGGAUCAUGAGCAGAACCAGGGAGCUGCGCUGCUACAGCUGCUACAACUUCUAUGGCUACUGCCCCACUCCUGGGCCGCCCCUGAAGCUCCUACCCCAGUGUGGCGGGAUGGCUUGCAAAACCACACGUUCCUGCACACCGUGUACUGCCAGAACGGAACUCCAAGCCUGGGACUCUCUGAGGCCUAUGACAAGGACCAGCUUUUCUCCUUCGACUUUUCCCAGAACAGCCGCGUGCCUCGACUGCCUGAAUUUGCUGACUGGGCCAAGGAUCAGGGAGAUGCCUCUGCCAUUUCUUUUGACAAAGAGUUCUGCCAGAUGAUGAUACAGGAAAUAGGCCCACAACUUGAUGGGAAAAUCCCAGUGGCCAGAGGGUUUCCUGUUGCUGAGGUGUUCACGAUGAAGCCCCUGGAGUAUGGCAAGGCCAACACGCUGGUCUGUUUUGUCAGUAAUCUCUUCCCACCCACAUUGUCGGUGAACUGGCAGCAUCAUUCGGUCCCUGUGGAAGGAGUCAGCCCCACUUUUGUCUCAGCCACUAAUGGACUCAUUUUCCAGGCCUUUUCUUAUUUAAACUUCACACCUGAACCCUCUGACGUUUACUCCUGCAUUGUGACUCAUGAGAUUGACCGCUACACUGCAGUUGCCUUUUGGGGUGCUCAUGUCAUUCCCCUGGGGGGAAGGCUCCUCAACCAUGCCUCCAAGCUGACCUGCUCCCCUUUUUCUCCAGUGCCUCAGAAUGCUCUUCCCUCAGAUCUUCUGGAGAAUGUGCUGUGUGGCAUUGCCUUUGGCCUGGGUGUGCUGGGCAUCAUUGUGGGCACUGUCCUCAUCAUCUACUACCAGAAGCCUUGCUCAGACUGAUUCUUCCUGACCAGAGCCUGAUUGCUAACAGCUUUGGCCAUCCAAGCAAGGGGUGCUCAGGUUUCUCACACCGCUGCCCAGGAUCUUUCUUUCUCAGAGCAGAAAUCCAUGGGACCUCGGGACCCCGGGAACCUGGGACUCCUCUGCCGAGGGGGAGCAGGGUAUAAAAGUUUCCAAGCUGAGGCCUCUGCUGUCCCUGUGCCAAGCAUCCAGGAGAGCACAGAGUGGCCCAAGUAUCAUGAUCACAUUCCUUCCCACUUCAAGGCAAUAAAUCCCAUUUAUUAAUCUCAAUGUGGCUUCUUUCUUAACUGAUGAUAUUUGUUUCUGGAUAUCUCAACUCGAGUGUGUUGUCAUUUCAAAUUCAACAUACCUUGACCUGAACACAGCUUCCCCUCAUUAGGGAGGAAAGUGGGGAAAACCCCUAACUCCUCAGCAAAGCUCCUGUUCCCUGGCCUAAGCAUGAGGGCUUUUACUCCUAUCAGUUGUGAAAAAU